UCGAAAGGAGGACAGUGCGGGACUUACAUGAAUGCGAAGUUCAUCAAAAUGGAGUCACGGUCUCCUUCCAGAGGUGCGCAUAAACAGGAGCCGAGAGAGAACAUCGGAAAUAGAUCGUACCUUAAGAUCUGCCUACUCUGCCUCGUUACGUCCGUUCUCGCCGCGAUAAUUGCCGGGCUCUCAAUCCAUGUGUUGCAGAUCCGUCAGUCUCUGAUCGCCUCCGAUCAAAAGUACCAGAGACUUUGGGAGCAACAUCAGGAGAUGAACAGGACCCAGCGCCAAUGUCUGCUGCAAAUACACGAGCCGAACUCAACCCUUCAGUCCAGAUCAUCCAAGAAUACCAACCAAAAACUCUCCCUGGACACCUGUCUGAAGAAUGUUUCCGUCCCCAGCAACAACCUCUCCAUGCUCGAACACAAAUUAUUUGUCUGCGAAUGCAACCUCUCCAUCCUUGAAAACCAAUUGAUGGUCCUGGAAAGCGACCUGUCCCCCCUGAGCACCGUGCUCUCUGAUCAGCAUCAAACGCAAGCCGAUCUCCGUCACUACUUCAAUCACCUCGAAAUGCAGUGUAGAACUCUAAACGAAACCAAGGCUCAAAUCUGCCAACUGCUGACCAGCAGAAAAGAUCAUGCGUGUUCCCAGGACUGGAUCAAAAAUGAAGGCCGGUGUUAUUUCAUAUCCACAUUUAAAAGAUCAUACGAUGGAGCGAAACAACAUUGUUCUGACUCUGAUUCAAUGCUUUUUGAAAUAAAUUCAGAAGAGGAAGAGAUUUUUGUUAACAAAGCUGUCGGCGACCAAGACAGCUCAUAUUGGAUUGGAAAAUGCAAAGCCGGGAAAGUGGCCUCUAAUAUCGUGUACAAGAUGGACGCUGGAAAGUUCGAAUGCAGUGAAUGUAAAUCUGGUUGGCUUAGCAGUUGUAACAAUGAUCAGCACCGUUUCAUCUGUGAGAAGUCUGCAUCUUUGUACCCGGACAUUGCUGCAAAGAUCUGGGAUCUCUGUCAAAAUCCCGUGGAGUCGACGUAAAUCAAGUGACAUCAUCCUCUUACCCCAAAUCCAUCUCCCUCCCCGACUCUGACAAUCCUAUCCGCUCUUCCUCUCGCCCCUACCCUAUUCUCCUCUCUCUACGAACGGCAUUCUUACCCGCGAUGUUCCCUCUCUUUCCCUUCCUCCCCCCAAACUCGCUCUCCCAUCGCCCCUAUUCCAUCCCAACUUUCCUUCCUCUCAGUUUCGUGCCACCCGACACCUGACUUAUUACCUGUGACAAAUCGCCCUGAGAUUUGUAUUUUUGCAUGAUUAGUACGGAGCAAAAAAUGUAAACUACGAAAAGAUAAU